CGAACCCCAAGGGAGAGUCCCAAUCAGUUCUCAUCGUUCCUCUGUCGCUUCUGGACGCUCUGCUAACGCUAACGCCUACCACUCACGCUCGCUCGAUGGGUAUCGAAAACACCGGAAAACUUGCCGGCCGCACGUUGUUCAUUACGGGCGCUUCACGGGGCAUUGGCAAGGCAAUCGCCCUGAAGGCGGCCCGGGACGGGGCGAACGUUGUGAUCGCGGCGAAGACGGCCGAACCUCACCCGAAGCUCGCGGGGACGAUCUACACGGCGGCCGCCGAGAUUGAAGCCGCUGGUGGCAGGGCGCUGGCGUGUGUUGUUGACGUGCGUGACGAAGCCGCCGUGCGGGCGGCUGUGAAGGCGGCCGUUGAGAAGUUUGGCGGAAUCGAUAUCGUGGUCAACAAUGCGAGUGCCAUUUCGUUGACCGAGGUUGGCGAAACGGAGAUGAAGCGGUAUGACCUGAUGAACGACAUUAUCACCAGGGGCACGUUUGUGGUAACCAAGGAGUGUCUCCCGUACCUCAAGAAAAGCAACCACGCCCACAUUCUGAACAUCACCCCUCCGAUGACCUUGGACGCCCGAUGGUAUGGUCGACAUCUGGCCUACACGAUCGCCAAGCUGGGCUCGUCCAUGUGUGUGAUGGGGUUUGCGGAAGAGUUUAAGAAACACGGGAUCGCCGCAAACGGGUUGUGGCCGGCAUUUUCGGUUCACACGGCGGCCAUAGACAUGCUGCACGGUAAGGAGGGCUACAAGCGGAGUCGCACCACGGACGUGAUGUCCGAUGCGGCGUAUGUGAUUCUGUCACGGGAUCCCGGAAGCUGCACCGGGAACUUCUUCAUUGAUGAAACGGUUCUGCGGGAGGCCGGAGUCACCGAUAUGGAGCAGUACGCCUGUGUUCCUGGGAACGAACUGACUCGGAUGGCCAUCUUUAUGGAUUCGAAACUUUGAGGAAAUAAAAUUUGCCCUUUGA